AUGAUUAAAUACGGCGGCGAUAUACUAUUCGAGCUGAUUCAGGUACUUUUUAACGAGAUACUUCACAAUUGGGACAUACUGGCGGAAGGGAAGCAUAGCGUAACAAUACCAAUAUAUGAAAAGGGCGCAAAGACCGAUCCAGCAAACUACAGAGGAAUCGGCCUCCUAAGUACAAUGUCAAAACUCCUCACGAAAAUUUUCGAGGAGGAACUUGUUGCCUCUGGGAUGUGCGAAGAACAGCAAGGAUUCAGGAAGAACAGGUCCUCUAUAGACGCAAUAUUUACCAUACGACAGAUAACUGAGAAAGCCAUAGAACUUAACAAGCCCGCUUUCAUUUGUUUCGUCGACCUCAAAAGAGAUAUACACCCCCGCAUAGUAACUAUCAUUGCCAAACUGAACAGUAAUAAGUACACCUCCAUCAAAGUGGCAGAUAUGCUAUCCGAGAAAAUACCCGUAGCAACUAGGAUAAGACAGGGAGAUAGUCUAAGCCCCACCCGAUUCAACAUAAUCAUGGACGAAAUGAUCACAGCGGUCACGAAGGUGGUGCGAGGAUAUCGCAUGGAGGACAAAGAAAUUAAUAUCCCAGAGCGAAAACGGUUUGCAACGGCUUCUUUAGAAGUUGGAACAAACUGCGUCAAAAUUGAACAUGAAGGAAACAACAAUGGACAGUUCAUGUUGAAACAUUGUUCAAGUGCUUCCAUUUGCGACAUUGACUAG